GCCUCCUGCCUUUCAUCCUCUUCUGUCUGCCAAACCGUUCACCAGAACUAAACAACAGCCCCUGCCUCCUCCAUAACAAAACAAAAUGACCACCGCUGCUCAGCCCAUUUUCUCUAAAGGAGAGGACUGCAAGGCCUCUUGGCACGACGCUAGCGCCGGAUACAAUGAGACUGAUACACACCUGGAGAUCAUGGGCAAACCCGUGAUGGAGCGCUGGGAGACCCCGUACAUGCACUCCCUGUCGACCGUUGCAGCCUCAAAAGGCGGUCGGGUUCUGGAGAUCGGUUUCGGCAUGGCCAUCGCUGCCACUAAACUUGAGUCUUUCCCCAUUGAGGAGCACUGGAUCAUCGAGUGUAACGAUGGUGUCUUCGCCAGACUGGAGAACUGGGCCAAGUCUCAGCCCCAUAAGGUUGUCCCUCUCAAGGGUCUUUGGGAAAACGUUGUUCCCACUCUGCCAGACAACCACUUUGAUGGUAUCCUGUAUGACACAUACCCUCUGUCAGAGGAGACCUGGCACACUCACCAGUUUGACUUCAUUAAGGGUCAUGCUCACAGGCUGCUGAAACCCGGCGGUGUCCUCACCUACUGCAACCUGACCUCCUGGGGCGAGCUGCUCAAGACUAAAUACGACAACAUUGAGAAGAUGUUUGAGGAGACCCAGGUGCCUCAUCUGCUUCAAGCUGGCUUCAAGAAGGAGAGGAUUAGCACCACCACCAUGGACAUUGUACCACCCAGUGAAUGCAAAUACUAUUCCUUCAAUAAGAUGAUCACUCCCACCAUCCUCAAAGAGUAAAGUCCAAAGAAACUGUUUUUUUUAAAGUCUAAUGUGCCUUCUCAUCUGACCUUCCUGACCUCACUGUUUAUUUCACCGUCACCCAUCUUUCAAUAAACUCAUGUCCGUCCCAA